GCGGCCAUUGAGGGUGACCAGGGUGCCGGUGAGCCCCCAUCUGCUCGGUGUGCGGGCCGUGCUUCAAGGGCUGAUCUUCGAUGGAGGACAACAUGAUGGGGCACAACAAGGAGAAGCGUUAUGAUUGCGACGUGUGUGGCAAGGCCUGGCAGAGCCCGAGCAAGCUGGAGGCCCACCGGCGGGAGCACAGGAUAGAACGCCCCUUCAACUGCACAGAGUGCGGCACGAGCUUCAAGAGGGCGGAUGUGCUGCAGGCCCACCGGCGGGUGCACACGUGCAAGAAGCCCUAUGGCUGCUCCACAUGCGGCGAGAGCUUUACCCAGUUGUCGGGGCUGCGGGAGCACCAGCGGGUGCACAGCAGUAAGCGGCCCUUCACCUGCCCCGACUGCGGCAAAGGCUUCAAGUCGUCCAAGGAUUUGAAGGUGCACAGGCGCGUGCACACCGGGGAACGCCCCUACACAUGCAGCGACUGCGGCAAGGGCUUCACCCAGUCUAGCGGCCUGCUGGUGCACCAGCGCACCCACACUGGCGAGCGCCCCUACACCUGUGCCCAGUGCGGCAAGGGCUUCACCCAAUCCAGCAAACUGGUGCUGCACCAGCGCACCCAUACCGGUGAGCGCCCCUACACCUGCGCCCAGUGCGGCAAAGGCUUCAAGUCGUCCACAGGCUUGAAGUUGCACAGGUGGUUGCAUACCGGGGAGCGGCCCUUCACCUGCAGCGACUGCGGAAAGGGCUUCAUCCAAUCCAGCAGCCUACUGCUGCACCAGCGCACCCACACCGGCGAGCGCCCCUACACCUGCGCCCAGUGCGGCAAGGAGUUCACCCAAUCCAGCAAACUGGUGCUGCACCAGCGCACCCAUACUGGUGAGCGCCCCUACACCUGCGCCCAGUGCGGCAAGGGCUUCACCCACUCCAGCAAAUUCCUGAGGCACCAGCGCACCCACACUGGUGAGCGUCCCUGCGCCCAGUGUGGCAAUGGCUUCAACCAGUCUAGUCACCUGCUGGUGCACCAGCGCACCCACACCGGGGAACGCCCCUACACCUGCGCCCAGUGUGGCAAUGGCUUCAAACAGUCUAGUCACCUGGUGCUGCACCAGCGAACCCACACCGGCGAGCACCCCUACACCUGCGCCCAGUGCGGCAAGGGCUUCACCCACUCCAGCAACUUGCUGAGGCACCAGCGCACCCACACCGGCGAGCUUCCCUACACCUGCGCCCAGUGCAACAAGGGCUUCAACCAGUCUAAUCACCUGCUGGUGCACCAGCGCACCCACACCUUGGAGCGCCCCUUCACCUGCGCUCAGUGCGGCAAGGGCUUCACCCGCUCUGACUGCCUGCUGCAACACCUGCGCACCCACACCGGCGAGCAUACCUACACCUGCUUCCAGUGCGAGUUUGACAGCUCGCGGGGGUUGCGGCAACACCGGCAGACCCACGCCGGCGAGCAGCUGCUCCCACCGUGA